UGGUUAUCAGUGCCUUUUUAUUAAAUGUUUUAUUUAUUUUAUGUUUAUGUCCGCAUAAAGCUUUAGAGCUGUCUACAAUUUCAUAAUAAAAAUAUUAAGCUAAGCUUGUACAAACUUAUGAGGGGAAUCAAAUCUACUUCAUUUAAAUUCUAAUCCCCAGAGGUUAAACAUGUUUUUGGAACAAAAACUUUAUAUUUCGUUUUUGCUUCAGGCCUUUCUCUCGGCUCUAGUAUUUGCCUGUCAACCGGAUGAACAAUGCGUCAGAUUGGACACUUGUAACCCACUUAUGAAGUUUCUAAGGCCCUGGGGAAUGACGACUGCUGAGAGAGAAAUAUUUCAUAACCGACAGUGCAGCAUAGACAAUACAAGGAGCGUAUUAUUGCACCAAGUUUGGAUCUGCUGCCCGCAGAGUGGUGAUGUCCUGCCAAAUAAUCAGAUAUGUGGCCAAACCCCGCCCGCUUUUCAUAUAACAGCUGGAAAAGAGGCGCCUCUGAACGGGUUUCCCUGGAUGGCCAUGCUAUUAUACGCCAAUUCUUUUAGUUCGACGCAGGAUACUGUACCCAGGUGCGCGGGAUCACUGAUCACCAAUCGCUACGUUCUCACCGCAGCCCACUGUGUGAACAUAAAUGGAAUGGAGCUCCGGAGAGUGCGCCUCGGAGAGCAUGACACCUCCUCAAAUCCAGACUGCAUCAUAUUAAUGAGUGGAAAGAAGAUAUGCGCUCCCCCGCAUCUGGAAAUCAAAGUGGAGCUGGCCAUCAAGCAUGAGCACUACGUGGCCAUAGAAGGGAAGCACUACAACGACAUUGCCCUGUUGCGACUCCAAUUUCCGGUUCGGUAUACGGAGCAAAUCCUACCCAUUUGUAUUUUUCCUAGCGAUAAUUUAUCGAAUCCUUCCUUUGACAACUACAAUUUGCAAAUAGCGGGCUGGGGCUCUUCGAAUAUGCAGAACUCCAGCAGUAUAUUAUUGUAUGCCAACAUCCAGGGCAGGAACCCGGAUGAGUGCUCAAGAAGCUAUUCGUUCUUAGGGAUAAACAAGGAGACCCAAAUAUGCGCAGGUGGCCAGAACAGAAAGGACACCUGUAAAGGAGACUCUGGCAGUCCGCUGAUGGCCACAAUGGGAUGGGGCGUGGACGAAUUCGUUUAUUUAGCCGGGAUUACCUCCUAUGGAUUUAACCAGUGCGGAUAUUGGCCAGCAGCUUACACAAAAACUUCAAGUUAUGUCAAUUGGAUACAGUGGAGUAUGUCGAGAUAUGAACACAAUUAGUUAAGUAUAAACAAAACCAUUUAUGUUAAUUGGAAGGCAUUAAAAUGUAACUCGCAUGAAGCAAUUGAUUUUUCUUAUGGAAUGGGAUUGUAUGUUUUAGCCUUCAGGUAUAUUUUAUAGAAAGAAUAUGGCAUCUGGUACGCACGUUUUGUAAAGGUUUAAAUUGCAUUUGGUUUUGAUUAGCAAUAUCCAUUUAUAUAUAAAUAAAUCAAAUCGCACUAUCCAUUAAAAAGUUAAAAGCACAUAAAGGAAUCGACGCUAGAUG